UCCUCGCCCAGGGAACCAGAAAUAUAUCCUGUCACCGUGUCACAUGCAGGACCCGGAAAACAAUACAAGCUAAAGCAUGAAAUAUCUACAACCUCAAACUCCUUUUUUCAUCUUUCUUUUCACUUUCAUAUCAACAUUAGUUAACGGUCAAAAGUCGGCCCCAUUAUGUACAUUCAUAAACCAUAAAACGUCACAAUCUGAGAUGCACAAAAGGCUACAACCAUUGCUUGGAAAAGUAUUUGAAGCAACAGACUCAAAUAACCUUUACACCUACAACAUUGGAAUAUGUGUGAAUGCUGACCCUGAAAAAAAGUUUGGGGAAAAUGUUGGAGUUGUACAAAAUGAAAUAGAAAGUAAAGAUAAAAGUCCUCUAAAACACUGGAUUAUUGGCUGUUACAAUAACUCCCAGCUUAUAGAAGGAACUGACUGGGUAAUAUUAGAAUAUUUAGAUGGACAGAAAUAUGGUACCCAUUGUGGGAAAGAACCAAGGAAAGCCAGGAUAAUGAUCACUUGUGAUAGUAGUGUCAAAUCUGGAGAAGAAACAGUUAAAAUCUUUGAAGAAGAGACUGACAAAUCACAGGAUUGUUACUACUUGUUUGAGAUAUCCUCACCCGACAUUUGUAUAAAAGUACCACCAAUAACUAUUAGUCUCAGUGUUGGCUCUGUAUUAGUUAUCAUAUUCAUUGUUGUUGUGUGCCUGUACAUCCUCUUAGGAUUUCUGUAUAACAGACUGGUACUUGGAGCUAAAGGAAAGGAACAGAUACCUAACUACAGUUUCUGGCAGGACUUUGGAAACUUACAAGCUGAUGGUUGUAACUUUAUAUGUCGUACUGGAAUUAGAUCAGAAUCUAAACCCUACAAAGGUUUAGGCGAUGACCAACUACAGGAAGAAGAUGACCGAGAUGACCAUUUACUGCCCAUGUAAAAUGCAGUUGUUUUCUUUGAUUGUGAAACUACAUUAAUAUUGAGAGUUGUCGUCUAUAAAUAGUAUUUAUAGACCUGUCAUGCCUGUUAGCAGAUCAGUUCAGGAAAAGAUUUGUUAAAGAUACAGCUAAUGGCUCAUAAUCACCAAACUGGAUCCAAGUUAACUUCAGCAAUUCUAACUAUGGAAGGGUACCAGUGUUUAGGGCAAAUAGCUGAGCCUGGUAUAAAGGAAAUGUUAUAUACUGUGAUAAAAUAUGUGUUUUGUAGAUUGAACAUUCCAAAGAAAAUAAAUGUUUAAUUUUAAAUCUAAAUUGGGUGUACAUAGCUACAAUGAACAUUUCAAAGUAAAUAAAUGUUUAAUUUUAAAUCUAAAUUGGGUGUACAUAGCUACAAAAACAUUAUCAUCAGAUCUCAUACAAAAUAUUCUGUCCUAGUUAUUUUUAGAGGUGGUUCUUUAAGAAAGUUUGCUGGUCCUCACGAUUAUUUUAUGGCAAAAUAAUAUUAUGUCUAUCCUUUGCCAAAGAUUGGUAGUUAAAACCUUUGGACAAACCACUUUUCGAGAACUCAAUUCUUUAACCAUCAUAGAUCCGAAGAUAUCAGAUGUAUUUUAGGAAUUUCUAGAAACCGGAUGCUGUAUUUCCAAAUCUGUUUAACAUGUAUGUUUGUGAACUUGUGAGGAGAGCAGUAAUCAUAUGCAAAUGUUUCACAGAUUUGGAAAUACCUGUUUCAAGACAUUACAGCAUCAUGUAUAGAUCUUGAGAGUAAAUCAUUUCAUAUAUUAUCACCUUAAGGCAAUAUAGAAUCCACAUUACCAUGACAUACAUGAAGCUUAAAGGACAGGGGGUGGGGUAGAAAGUCAUUGUAUAUCAUACCAUGUACUGUGGAUUCUUUCAUUUAAUUCUUGGAUUGAGGAAAAUUGUAUUUUUAGUUAUAUGAUUUGAUCAUAGUUUUGCCAGAGUCUGCAUAGAAGCAUAUAAUAAAUUUGUAUGUGUACUUGGUUCUUUUACAUCCUCAAAGUCCAUGAAAAAUUGUACCCAUGAAAAAUAAUGAAUCUAGGGAAUCAAACAUCAUACUGUUGUAUCAGUUCAAAUUUAGGUAUGUUUGUUUUUUUCAAUGUUGAGAAUAUUAUGAAUGAAUGUUAUGAGAUGAUAUGUUUUGAAUGACAGAAAUAUUGAUUAAUGAACAAAUACACAUUGUAUACACUACAGCUCAGGUGGAUUUUAAUUUGUCCUCCCGUCCACAGUGGGAGUGGGCACUGGGUGGGCAAAAUUUCUAGUUUGUCCACUUUGCCCACCCAUUAGAUUGGGCAUGCAAUUUCUUUUGUUUAAUCAACAGACUGGCAAGUACAUUCAAUUGACAAAAUGCAGAUAAGCAUUUGUAAUUCCUUUAAAAAAAAAAAAAAAAAAGAGAUUUAUAGCUAGGGUGGGCACGGGUGGGCUGCCCACGGUGGGUCGUUGGAAAAAGCAAAAUCCAUGUGGGCUGUUGUUUAGAUAUUUUGAUAAAUUGUUUUAAGUGUUAGUGGGGACAAUACAAAUUUAUAUAUAUAUAAAGGUUUAUUUAAUAUUGUGUUAUUAUUGAUUGUUAUUUCUGUUGUGACAUUGUGUGACAAUGAAAAGUUUUUGUGACAAUGAAUAUUUUCAAUCUUUUUUUUUCUUCUUCUCCAAAUCUAUAACCAUGUCAAGUAACAACCAUAUUUACAGAGUUUUUGAUUUGACCUUUUGACCUUUACCUAUUGACCCUGCUUAUACUUUCUCUAUACUGUAAAUACACAAAGUUUUGCAAAUCUUUAUUCAUGUGGUUUUUUACCAAAUGGACAAAAUUUAUUGAGAUUGAUUAUUGAGAUUUCAGUUAAUGCUGUGUAAAAGUUAUGAUAAUAAAUUUACAAAAUAAAGUAUAAUUUGGGUGAAACGUAUCCUGUUGCAAAAAACAAACACCACAGAAUUUUCUGAAUUAAUAUCAAUUGGAAAACAUUUAAAAAUUAAAGACUUUUAUUAUAAAAAGUGACUUUAUAUUAUUUUUUAUAAUCAAUAAGCAAGCAACCCAUUUAACUGUGAUUUUCACUAGGGUUUUGGUGCAUUGAACAAGUUUAUUUGUAAAUGGCCUCUGAAUUGAUGAUUCUGUGUGAUAAUGGUUAGAUUCACCUUAAUAAUUUUAAGAAUUUCUACCCUAUUUGAUAAAAAUGGCCGAAUUAUUCUUAGUCCUGGUAUUGAUUUAAUGAUUUUACUCCAAGUGUUAAGAAUUAGAAUUGAAUUUUAAAUUUUCAUCUUUAAAUUUUAAUUCAUUUGGUACAUAAAAAGUAUUGCUGAUCUUACUUUCAAUGUUUUAAUGCUUUAUUAUCAUAUUUUAUGGUUUGCAGAAAGUUUACAUUUUAUGUAAUAUUGAAUUGAAAUCCAUUUUUCCCUUAUUAUUUAUACCUUUCCAAAGUUUAAUUUUUAUUGUAAAAUGUUGGAUAGGGUUUCGAUGUAUACUAAUACAUAUUUGUUUCCGUGCACUGUACAGAGGGAUCACAUGGUUGACAGAAUUUAUACUUUACACAUACACAAAAGUGUGUGUACAUCUAUUUAUUGUGUAAUACUCAUUUGUCAUUAUAUAGUGCUGUUUUGUGUAUUAAAUGUUGUGAUUUAUUUGUGCACAUUUCUAUGUAUUUAAAGGAAAAAAACCUGUGGACUGUGAAAUUUAUAUCUUUUGUUUAUACCUGAAAGACAGAUCUAUAUGUGUUAAGGUUUGAUAACCUUUAAACUAAAUUUAGUCAUCCAAUAUUUUUAUUUUUUAAAGUGCCAAUCUGCCCAAGAAUCAGGCAGUGUAGAAAACAUAACAAACAAAAACCCACUAAACUUGACAUUAAAUUAUAUACAAAAUGUGUGGUAGUGCAUGAAUAUGAUAUUCUUUUCCUUUCCCUGUUCUGGUAAUUCAAGAUAUAAUUUGGUUAAAAUUCACUAGAAAUUAACAAUUAUGGGGAGAUAACUCUAUAAUUUGCUAUCAUUCUUACCAAAAAUUAUCUUGAUAUUUUUUGAAUAACCAGACACACAGUAAUGAAAGAUCUACCUACAAUUUCAAUCUGAAGAUCAGGGCACAUUCAAAAUAGGGUGGUUAGGUUGAUGUUUUUUUGGCCAAGUUUUAAUUUUUUUCUUAAUUGCCUGAUUCUUACAAAGCCUGGCACUUUAUUGCCAGCUUAACUCCAAGUGGCAAACACUUUGAAGCUUCAGUAUAAUUUUUUUCAGAUUUCAGGUUUUGGGUAUAAAGAGACACAUUCAAUAUACUGAAAUGACAGCUUUAAAUUAAUUUCUUAUAUAUGUUUGCUUUGCAAGUACUGUGUAUUCAGUUAUUUUUGUGUAUACCAGUUUUUUGUGGAUUGUGAUUUUUUUAUAAUUUUCAUGGAUAUUUGAUAAAGUGGUUUUGGCUGAUUCUGCAUUCAAACCUUCAGUAAAUUUACAUUUCGUUGAACAUUUAAAUUCUUGAUUUAUAUAUUCAAAGAAGUCCAUGAAAAUUAGUAUCACAGAAAUAACAAUGAAUCCACAGUAUUCCAUAUUUCUUGUCAUCUGUUUUCUUCUUGUUAUUUCCUGUAUUUUCAUUCAGAUUUUGGUGUUGAUUAUUUUUAUGAUAAUAAAUUAUAAGAAAAUUAA